CAUUAGUCACACGCCUGUCAGUACUUGUACUUGUUCUCUCGCCAUGCCAAUUCCUCCUCUAGUCAUAUUCGGUCCUUCAGGCGUCGGCAAAGGCACUCUCAUAAAUCGUCUACUCAAAGAGUUUCCAAACGCUUUUGGUUUUAGUGUCUCUCAUACAACCCGUACUCCUCGCCCUGGUGAAAUAGACGGAAAACAUUAUCACUUUACAAACACCGACAACUUCAAAUUCCUAAUCUCUCAGGGCGCUUUCAUCGAGCACGCACAGUUUUCAGGAAAUUUCUAUGGCACAAGCGCUCAAGCUGUACAAGAUGUUACAGCAACAGGUAAACGAUGCAUCCUCGAUAUCGAAGUACAGGGCGUUCAACAAAUCAAACAAACUCCUCUCCACGCCAUCGUCGUUUUCGUAUCUCCCCCCUCUAUGACCGCUCUCAGUCAGCGGUUGCGAGGCCGCGCCACUGAUUCGGAAGAUGCCAUCCAGCGUCGCCUUGCAAUCGCACGCAGAGAGAUCGACUAUGCUAGACAACCCGGCUCCGUCGAUUACGUCAUCGUCAAUGAUGAUCUUGAUGCUGCAUAUCAAAAGUUUAAGAGAAUUGCAAACGGAGAAUUAGAUGCGACCGUGGAUCAGAUGCCACCCUUGGAUGAUUAGAUUUAUAUCUAUACCCUAAUGAUAUCUGCGCGAUGAUCCCAUCAAAAAGCUUGACGCACGUGGGGAAUCGAGCUAACAGCAACUAGGCAGAUGGUGAUAGUCAUGUUCCGUCUCUCGAUAGCGGAGCUAACCAAAGUUGAC